CUCGUGCGGAGAGUCUCGAAGCUUUUUAUGUCGCAGCCUUCUUUCAACAAAUUGCGAACUGUAGCAGUUGGGCGAGUGGCUCAUUUAUGAAAUACAGUGCUGUACAUACAUCUUCCUACAGGGCCUUAAUAUACCCAGCCGCUACGAUUGGAAACACGUGAAAUUUGUUCCGUUGUGUCUCUUGCAGCUUUCUUCUGUUCCCAAUGUUUCACUGAAAGAUAACGAUACUGCCAAAAAAAUAUUGGUCUCUGAGAAGAUAGAGAAUCAUCGAGUAAAAGUUGAAAAUACGACAACAAAACAUCUUUCGCUGAGAACUUAAAGCAGAGAUAUAUUUUUAUCUUCCCACGCGUUGUGUUUAUGUGAUGUGAUUGGUCGUUUCCCCACCUCUGGAGAAGGCUCGCGCAAAAUGUUAUGAUAACAAGCAACGUCUGUGCUAGUGUGGCUGAUGGUAGCGUUGAGGUGUGUUGAGGAGGUAUGCGGUGUUGAUGUGGUUUCAGUUAUGUGACAGCAAAUGAAAUGCUUUCGCUUAGUCGCUAUUUAGUAAUAAAUGCGACUACCUAUUGGACUCUGUAGGAAGGAGGAAUGAGGUGGAAGAUGUUCAAAGAUGCAAUCAUUGUACAGUGGGGAGAACAACCAGCAGGAAGACAACCAUCAGUGUGCCACUUACAUAUUUCCAGCAUCCCGUGCAAUGCCGUCGACUAUGAUGUCAGACGACCUGAGCAGUGUUACGAGAGAUACUCAGACUACUUCAGCAACCGUAUUCAAAGGACACGCUCGAAGUGCAAGCCACGGUGCUGUCGGAACAGGGGCAGUAUCAUCAGCGAGCUCCGUAGGCGUCAUUGGCCGACCGUCUGCGUUGAAGCAGAAUCGGGGCCACCAGCGAGCUUUUUCUCAGGGGCAAAUAAGCGAUGGUGGAACAGUUGGAUUUCAGAAAGGUCAUUCUCGUGUCAGUUCAAAGACUGAUUUCAUUCUUCCUCCGGGUCACAGGGACACAGAAAGCAUCCCCGGCGCUGGAAGCGUUGCGAAAACUCAUGGACAUUCUAGGCAAGCGUCUAGGUCAGAAUCUAUUUAUACACUGAGACAGAGCGGAACACCAAACCUGUGGACACAAUUCCAGUCCUAUGUUCUCAGACGUGGGGGAAAAACAGACGUUGAAGGGUCACGUUGUCGUACCGUUGUUCCCAACCAUUUGGUACCACCCCACACGCCAAAGAAAUUGCACCCGAAUGGAAAGAGUCCUGACAACAAAAUAAGGACAACUAAGUAUACUCUUCUGUCAUUUUUGCCAAAAAAUUUACUAGAACAAUUUCAUCGUGUGGCCAAUCUCUAUUUUAUCUUCAUAGUCUUAUUGAACUGGUUUCCUGCAAUAAAUGCUUUUGGCAAGGAGAUAGCAAUGAUACCUGUGUUGUUUGUUCUUGGUGUGACAGCAAUUAAGGAUUUGUUUGAAGAUAGAAGACGACAUGCUAGUGACAAGAGAAUUAAUAAUUCUACGUGCCGCGUUUACCGUAGUGAUGAAGAGCGGUACAAAAAAACAUUAUGGAAGAAAGUAAGAGUUGGAGACCUAGUACAUUUAUCAAACAAUGAGGUAAUUCCUGCAGAUAUUCUUCUUCUGCGGUCCAGUGACCCUAAUGGUAUUUGCUACAUCGAUUCUUGCAAUUUGGAUGGAGAGACCAAUCUGAAACAGAGACAAGUGGCGAGGGGUUUUGUGGAGAAGCAAGAUAUAUUUGAACCAUGUAAAUUCCGAUCAGUGGUGGAAGUUGAUGGGCCAACAACAAAGAUCUAUCGCUUUCAUGGUUCAAUUGUGCAUCCAGAUGGUGAAAGAGUACCAGUAAGCACAGAUAAUCUUCUUUUGAGGGACUGCAUGGUGAAAAACACAGAUUUUGUGGAGGGAAUCGUUGUCUAUGCAGGACAUGAAACUAAAGCAAUGUUGAAUAAUGGAGGGCCUAGGUACAAACGCUCCAACUUGGAACGCCAAAUGAAUCUGGAUAUUAUUUGGUGUGUUCUUAUUCUCAUUGUCCUAUGUGUGAUUGGUGCUGCUGGCUGCAAGUUGUGGUUGUCUUCGUAUGAUGGUAUCUCAGUGCCACCAUUUAUUCCUAGCAUGCAGAAUUCAACAACUGAAGGCAUUUUGAGUUUCUGGACUUUUGUUAUAAUCCUGCAGAUAAUGAUACCACUCUCACUUUAUGUGACGAUAGAAAUGGCAAAACUUAUACAAGUGUACCAUAUUCACAAUGAUGUCAAUUUGUAUGACCCAGAAACUAACAAAAGGAUAGAGUGUCGUGCGUUGAACAUACCAGAAGAGCUGGGCCAAGUUCAAUACAUUUUUUCAGAUAAAACAGGAACACUCACUGAGAACAAGAUGAUAUUUAGGCGUUGUACUGUUGGUGGCAUAGAUUACAAUCAUCCACCACCAGAAAACAUUCAGGUUCAUCAUGAAGAAUUGAAGUUAAACUCGGUCAGAACUGGAGAUAAUCUAGUGGCACAUGGCUACAUAUUAAGUGGGGAAGAACAGCAUGUUUGUGGUAUUCCACUAAUGAAAUUAAAAACACGGCCUGGUGUUCCUUUGCCACUGCUUGUCAACCCACGUCUCCAGGAGGAGCUGGAAGCAGGUGCUCGACCCUCAGUGCACAGUCAAAGACUGCAAGAAUUCCUUCUGCUACUUGCCGUUUGCAACACAGUUGUUGUUUCCCAGCAUCCUCACCAUGACAUUAUGAAUGCAAGUGGUGUGAUAGAACAAACGGCAGACUCCCUGCCUGGCCGUGUUGUACCUACUUCAGUUCCUACAUCUGUGCCUGUGACAGGAUGUCUUCCACGAGUUGAUACAGCACCUGCACAGUACACAUUACUGAGUGAAUCGAGGUCCGUGACACCUUCACCUCCACCUCAGCCUUGCUCCAUGGCCACUGCUUCUCCUCUUAGCUCAUCACCAGGAAGCAGGCCAAAAGUUCUUGGUGUGCCAUCUUUGCUUGUUGUACGUAGAGCAACCACUCCAACACCAUCACCCUGUGAACUGAAGCCUAUAUUUGAAGCAGAAAGUCCUGAUGAACUGGCACUCGUGGAUGCUGCGUACAGUUAUGGUUGCCGCUUGGUGAAGAGAUCUCCCCAGGUUGCAACUGUUUCUAUGCCAGGACAAGGUGCACUGGACUUCGAAAUCUUGAAGAUUCUGCCAUUUGAUUCAGCACGGAAAUGUAUGUCAGUUGUUUUGAAACAUCCUGUUAGCCAUCAGAAGAUUCUUUUUUGCAAAGGAGCAGAUUCUACAAUACUGCCAAAUUUGGCUCCUACAGAUGAUGUGGUUAUGCAGCAGCAUAUAUUUCGUACUCAGCAGCAUCUGAACUCCUACGCCAGACAAGGUCUAAGAGUGCUGGUGAUGGCAAGACGAACUUUAACUGAUGCUGAAUUCCUUGAAUGGCAAAGAAGUCAUGUGGAAGCAGAACUUGCUGUGGAGGGCCGAGAACGUAAAUUACGAGAAUCUUUCAGUCGUCUGGAAUCUAAUCUCACCUUGCUAGGAGCAACUGGCAUUGAAGACAGACUGCAAGAGGGUGUUCCUGAAACAAUUGCUGCACUUAUUAGUGCUGGGAUUGUUGUUUGGGUGCUAACAGGUGACAAACCAGAGACUGCUAUCAAUGUAGCAUAUUCAGCGCGCCUCUUUCAGCCUCAAAUGGAACUAAUUAAGUUAUCAGCUCGGUCACGAGAUCAAGCAGAAAGUGCCAUUCUGUUCUACCUCUCCAAAGUGCAACAGGAAAGCUCUAUUGGCACAUCGUCCUCAAGCACUUCCAGGGGGCUGAACCAGGUUGGUGUCUUCACAAGACCUUCUGCUGGUAAUGGUAACAUAGGUUCCUCAGCUGGCCUCAGGCACGCUAUGGUGGUUGACGGGAAGACAUUAACGUAUAUUCUGGACAGGCGUUCUAACCUGCAGAAACCUUUCCUCAAAUUGACGCAGUAUUGUACGUCAGUUCUGUGCUGCAGAACUACUCCUCUGCAGAAGGCCUACAUUGUGCGAAUUGUCAAAGAGCAACUAAAAAUGCGGACUCUUGCCAUUGGUGAUGGUGCUAAUGAUGUAUCAAUGAUCCAGACAGCUGAUGUUGGAAUUGGUAUAUCUGGCCAGGAAGGUCGGCAGGCUGUGAUGGCAUCUGACUUUGCCUUAUCAAGAUUCAAGUUCCUUGGUAGGCUGCUUCUGGUGCAUGGACACUGGUGCUAUGACCGCUUAGCUCGGAUGGUGCUAUAUUUCUUUUAUAAAAAUGCUACUUUUGUAUUUCUCAUUUUUUGGUACCAGCUUUAUUGUGGUUUCUCUGGAGCAGUGAUGAUUGACCAAAUGUACCUGAUGCUCUAUAACCUUCUCUUCACAUCACUUCCUCCUAUAGCUAUUGGUGUAUAUGAUCAAGAUGUCCCAGAGCAGAUCCUGCUGGCUCAGCCAUCGCUCUAUAACCAAGGACGCCUUGGAUUGGUCUACCAGCCUCAUUCUUUCUGGGUUACAAUGGCAGAUUCUCUGUAUCAGAGCAUAGUCAUUUUCUUCAUAUGUGAAGCAGCUUACCAUAACACAGAAGUUGGUAUCUGGGAGUUCGGCACUACUGUGACUACCUCUUGUAUGUUUGUGAUGCUGUGCCAUGUAGCUAUUGAAACCAGAUCUUGGACUGUGAUCCAUCUUGCAUCUAUCCUGUUGUCAAUCACUGCCUUCUAUGUUUUUUCACUUGUAUAUAACACAGUCUGUCUGCAAUGCUUUGGACUACCAAGUAAUUAUUGGGUCAUCCAACAGACAAUUGGUUCCAGCAUAUACUGGGCAUCAGUCUUCCUUUCAACUGUUAUGGCGCUUCUACCCAGGUUUGUUUGGCGGGUUGUGGAGACAACACUGUUUCCUAAAGAUGUCGUACGUGCUGUCUUGGAUCACAAAGUCGCUGCACGGCGAGGUGAGGGAUUCCUUGUGUCAUGGUCACGGUCUACUUCCACAUCAUCCAUCUUCAGGAAUGCAGAUUUCAGACCUAAACACGUGACACAGAACAGUUUAACAGCUGUUGGUUGAAAAGCUAGUUUCAAAAAACUUAUUUUUUACACAUUCUCAGGCUGUGAGGUUCCAUGGGACCACAAAUAUUAGCUUUCCGAGUCAUCUGUGGCUCAAGAGACACUUUGGUGCUGUGCUUAAUUUCACAGUUACAACAUUGAGUUGUAUCUUAAAAGAAAUUUAUAUAUUCUAUUUUUGUGAAUACAGUUAAGAUUGAAUGCAUUGAUUUUGAAACUUUUUUUAUUUCAAAACAAGUUCCUGAACAAUUUUUAAAUGUUUAUUUUUGUGCAGUGAUUUUAUGAGCAGAACAAUUUGAUAAGAAUGUGUGUGUUGUACAGUCAUUGUGUGCUACAUAAUUUAUUAUUACUUGCCUGUAUGAUUGCUAAAUCACUUUGUUUUAAUUUAGUGUUGCUACUGCAAGUACUAGACAUUCUCAUGAGUUCAAAACAGAAAAAAAAAUUGAAAAAGUGAAGAAGUUGUGUAAAUGUUAUCAUAAAGAUCUCGUGCAAAGGCAGUGGACAUUUUAAACAAAAAUAUUCUGCUGCUAUUUUUAUUUAUUAUGUUGAUUGUUUGUUGUCAAAACAUGAUUUUGGUUUUUCUAGUGUGCUUGUUGCUUAGGAGCCAAAUGUGUGUGUUCCUGUGUAUAGAAAAUAUUUAAAAAAAUUACUGGUGGUGUUCAUUUGUGAAAUAAUUUACUCAUCCUCAGACAUGUUAUCCUCAGGCGUGUUACAACACUGACUUGCACAACUUAAUUGAAAGACUUGCCAUGAAAUCAGAGUGAAAAUGUUACAUUUAUAAAUAUAUAUUCUAUACAUAUACAUAUAGUUUGUCUAUAUGAUACCUCAUACUGUUAAAAUUCAUUAAGUUUUUCACUAUUCUGGCCUAAAGAUCUGUGAUACUCAUGUGCAGUAAAGGCAAAUUAACGUGAA